UCACUGGGGACUGGGGUUGUCCAAAUCUCCAGUCAAGUUUAAAUCACACAGAGCUCCACUGACUCUCAGUUUGCAUCCUCCUCUCCUCUCCUGUGCGUCCUCUCUAAGCUCGCCUCCGUCUUUCUCCUCCUCUCCGGUCCAUCUGCCGGCCGCUCUCCCAGCCAACCUCGUGAGGGGCUCCUGCUAGGCGUCUUCCGCCGAACAUCUGCAGCGACUUUUUCGCCUAAAAGAAAUACAAACUUCGUUUGUUUUCCUUCCCGAGGCUUGCGAGAAGCUGAGAGCCAACCGUCGCCAUGGAGGCCAUCAAGAAGAAGAUGCAGAUGCUGAAGUUGGACAAGGAGAAUGCCAUUGACAGGGCAGAGCAGGCUGAGUCCGACCAGAAGGCGGCAGAAGACAAGUGCAAGCAGCUGGAGGACGAGCUGCUGGCUCUGCAGAAGAAGCUGAAGGGAACGGAGGAUGAGCUGGACAAGUACUCGGAGGCCCUGAAGGACGCUCAGGAGAAGUUGGAACUGUCGGAGAAGAAGGCCACAGAUGCCGAGGGCGAGGUGGCAUCUUUGAACCGCAGGAUCCAGCUGGUGGAGGAGGAGCUGGACCGGGCUCAGGAGAGACUGGCCACGGCCCUGCAGAAGCUGGAGGACGCUGAGAAGGCUGCAGAUGAGAGUGAAAGGGGCAUGAAGGUGAUUGAGAACAGAGCCAUGAAAGAUGAGGAGAAGAUGGAGAUUCAGGAGAUGCAGCUCAAAGAGGCCAAGCACAUCGCAGAGGAGGCCGACCGCAAAUACGAGGAGGUCGCCCGUAAACUGGUCAUCCUUGAGGGCGAGCUGGAGAGGGCAGAGGAGAGGGCAGAGAUUGCAGAACUUAAGUGUGGUGACCUGGAAGAGGAGCUGAAGAACGUCACCAACAACCUCAAGUCUCUAGAGGCUCAGUCUGAUAAGUACUCCGAGAAGGAAGACAAAUACGAGGAGGAGAUCAAGGUCCUGAACGACCGACUCAAAGAGGCGGAGACCCGUGCGGAAUUUGCAGAAAGGACAGUGGCUAAGCUGGAAAAGACCAUAGACGACUUAGAAGAGAAGCUAUCAAGCGCUAAAGAGGAAAACGUAGGAAUGCACCAAGUCCUGGACCAAACACUGCAGGAGCUCAAUAGCUUGUAAAAAAGCCAAGAAGAACAUCAAGCAAUAAAUAAAUAAAUAAAAAAAAAACUUCUUCUGUAAAAGAUAUUUUCUACAUGCCAUCCAUUCUCUGUAAUUUCACUCCUUGUUAAACACAUGUAGCCCCCCUUUUUGUAUUUAUGGUUCUAUUGUUUCUCUACCUUUUUGGGAAAAAAAAAAUGGUUUUGGGUCCAAACGAUUGUUGAUCCGUGAUAAAUUGUGUUGUAGACCAAACUCGAGAGCACAAAUAAAACGAUGACGACGACA